AUGUCGUCGGUAUACAAUCUCGAGCCGCAGCCGACGGCCAAGGUGAUUCUGCACACCACCGCCGGCGACCUCUCCCUCGAGCUGUUCGCCAAGCAGAUGCCGCUGGCCUCGCGCAACUUCCUCCAGCUCUGCCUCGAUGGCUACUACGACAACACCAUAUUUCACCGUCUGGUCCCCGGCUUCAUCAUCCAGGGCGGCGACCCCACCGGUACCGGCUCAGGCGGCGAGAGCAGCUUCGAUGGCGAGCCCUUCGCCGAUGAAUUCCACUCGCGUAUCAAGUUCAACCGCCGUGGCCUCCUCGGCAUGGCCAACACUGGCAAGAAGGAUGACAAUGGCAGCCAGUUCUUCCUGACCCUCGCCGCCACACCUGACCUGACCAAAACCAAUACCAUGUUCGGCCGUAUCGAGGGCGACACCAUUUACAACUUGAUGAAGAUGGGCGAGGCCGACUUGACCGAAGAGGAGGGCAGCGAGCGGCCUUUGUACCCGACUAGGAUCACCGGCACCGACAUAAUUGUCAAUCCCUUUGACGAUAUGGUCAAGCGCGUACAGACGGCCCAGCCUCAGCAGCAGGAGAAGAAAGGCUCAAAAAAGGUGAAGCGCAAGGCGGCGAAGCAGCUACUAAGCUUUGGCGCCGAAGAAGGCGAAGAAGAGGAUGCCGCCCCCGUAGUCAAGAAGCCCAAGUUCAACCCCAAGCUUGUCAGUGCUGGCGACGAAGACACUCCUGCUCCUCCCCGCCCAGCCGCACCCAAGGAGCCCAAGCCCGCAAAGGCACCAGUGCCCAAGCGAUCACCAUCCCCGCCGCCCAAGCCGAAGGCAGCAGCUCCCGCUCCACUUCCACCGCGCCGCUCCUCCAGGUCGCCCUCCAUUUCGUCCGAGUCUGAGCCGGAGCAGGUCAACAAGGUGUCCUCCCUGCUGGAACGCACAAACGCCCAGAUUGCUGAGCUGAAGGCCAGCAUGAAGCGGAACACUGGAUCUGCCGCCCAAGAAGCUCCGAAGAAGAAAUCCGCUCUAGAGGCCAUGAUCCCGGAGACCUCGACGCGUGGCCGGAAGAGGCGCGGUGGCGCUGGAGAUUCUAAGGCUGAUAUGCAGGCUAUGGAACUUUUCAAUGCUUUCAAGACAAAAUUGGAGAGCGCCCCGAAGGAGAAGACGCCACCGCCAGCAGCUCAGCCUAAGGAGCAGCAGGAUCCCGCCGCUAAAGAGAAGGCUGCCACCGCCCAAGAUGAGGUCGAGGAUACUGAAGCUAUUCUGUGUGACUUGCACUUCAUCCCUAAUUGCCAGUCCUGCCGUGCUUGGGAUGACGCCCCGGACGCCACUACCGCUAAUGACGACGACAAUGACGCUGGUUGGAUGAGUCAUGCGCUUAGCUUCGAGAAGGACCGGCUUGGAAAGGACCUUGAAUGGAAACGGAAGAAUGAAGAGGAGCUUGUUGUUAUUGAUCCGCGCGAGAAGGAAAAGGAGAUUGUUGGCGAGAAAAGGGCAAGGGGGAACAAGGAAGGUGAUGCUGGACGGGACCGGGAUCGGAGGGGUGCCGACCGUCACGAGAGAAGGAAUGACAGGGACCGUGGAGGGAGGCAUGAUAGAGGUGGUUGGAGGGACGAUAGGGAUAGGGAGAACAGGCGAGAGCGGAUUGUGAAGAGCAUGGGUGCGAGGUGA